AUGGCGCCGCGCGGGCCCGCGCGGACGUCGCGCGCGCCCGUCGGUGCGCGCGUGGCGCGUCAGGGGCGCGUCUCGCGCGGUCGAACGCGACGCGCGGCGCGCGAGGACGCGCUCGGCGGGCAAGAUUUCAUCUACUCGCAACGCAGCGGUGUCGAAGAAGAGCUCUUUAAAGGAAGCGUUCUCGGCGUCGACGCGGACGUCGCGACGGGCGAACAUCGCGAGCGUGAGUUUCGAACGUUCGCCGCGCUCGAUGGGUUUCACGUGCCGGAACGCUUCGCCGAGCGCGUGGCGACGCACGUGGUGAAGAACUUGUUGAAGGAUAAGGGGGCGCUCGGCGCGACGUCUCCGGCGUUAAUUUUGGGGAUUUGGGGACACAAGGGUUGCGGCAAAACGAUGAACGUGGAGUUGGCGUGUAAGAAAAUGGGGUUGCAGCCGAUCGUAACGAGCGCGGGGGAGUUGGAGGAUUCGACGGCGGGGGAGCCCGGGGCGAUGUUGCGGCGAAGGUAUCUGACCGCCGCGCGAGCGAUGAGAGAGACGGGGAAGUUGAGUUGUCUUAUUAUCAACGACAUCGACGCCGGGAUCGGUAAGUUUAAGGACGAUCUGGGGACUGUAAAUAAUCAAAUCACGCACGGGACGUUGAUGAACAUUUGUGACAAUCCCACGAUCGUGAGCGAGGGACUGGUUUGGAGGACGGACUCCAAAUCUACCAACGCGCGCGUGCCAAUCAUCGUCACGGGGAAUGAUUUUUCUCGACUGUAUGCGCCUCUAACGAGAGACGGUCGAAUGGAUCUUUGGAUGUGGGAGCCGACGUCGCAAGAGUUGGUUGAGAUGAUACACGCUAUGAUGAAGGAUGACGGGUUGACGACGGCGUGUUGCGAAACGCUCGUCGCGACAUUUCCGAAUCAGCCUUUAGAUUUCUUCGGCGCGUUACGCGCGCGUGUGUAUGAUGACGCCGUCAGUGAUUUCGUGUUCAACGUCGGCUUAGAUGGUUUAAAUGACUCGCUCGUCGGUUUAGAUGAACGUCGGAGGUUGAAAUUAGGCGACGUGACGAUCACGCUGGAGCGGCUGUUGGCGUGCGGACGCAACGUCGUUGGCGAGCAAGAAAACGUGAAUAAUAUUCAGCUCGCUCGAGAGUACAUGCGU